AUGAAUAUUCUAUUCUCUUCAGAUACCCAAAGCAAUCUGAGGACUGUUGGUAUGAAAAAUGGAGCUCAAGAAAAACAACAACACCAACAUCAACAAUAUUGUUGUUGACAACUUACCUGUUCAAAUAAUCGAGAACAAAACAAAAAUAACCUUCAAAGAACUUUUUAAACCAAAAGAAUUUCUAGGAGAACUUUUAGGAACUUUUAUUUUAACUGUGGUCACAAAGGGAGCUGUGAUAAGUUUAGCUGUUGGUAUAUAUCACGGUGAACUAACUACUUCCUCUGCACAUUUACCUGGCUGUCUUGCCAGUGGGUUGGCAGUUAUGAUGGCUAUUUUAGUGACCGGGGGGGCUAGUGGAGCUCAAACAAAUCCAGCUGUAUCAGUCACACUUUGGGCAGCAGGUAAAUUAUCCUGGACAGAUUUGCCCGCAUAUUUAGCUGGGCAAUAUAUUGGAGCAGGACUAGGGGCUGGAUUCAUUCUUUUAAACUUCAGGGAGAGUAUAGAUGGCGUUGGUCCUGAAUGUAUCACAAGCUUUCCUGAUCUAGCCAUAACACCCUUCCAUCUGGUUUUCGAUCAAUUUCUGGCAACUUUCCUUCUUCUAUCAAUUGUUCUAUCAGUCGAUGAUCAGGAGCAUUCGCCCCCUGGACUUCUUGUGGGCCUCUCUGUUGCAGGAAUUGGUUUAGCACUUGGCAGGAAUGCCGGGGCUAGUAUGAAUCCUGCUCUAGAUUUUAUGCCCAGACUAGUUGCUGCAAUUUGGGACAGCGUUGACAAGAUGGAAUUAGAUAGUGAUCCCUUUACUCCUAGACAACCUGCAUUUUCAGCCCGGAAGUGGGAUAAGACGGAAGAUGAAACCUGUGACCCAAGGAAGGGAGAGAUGGGUCAAACUAACCUCUCAUUUAUCCCAGAUGUGGAGAAAUCUACACAUUUUGACGGAACCAUUUGUCAUAGGAUGGCAACAUUCUAUUAA